AUGGCUCUUCCAGUCAGCAGUCCGUCACCGCGGCUAGACCGCUUUGGACAAGCCAUGGAAUCUCUUUACGGGAGUUUUAGCAAUAUCGAAGACCCAAACACCUGGACUCCACCACCGAGAUCAGGCGGUCAUCGGGGGCGAUACCUAUGGACAGACGCCUUCGGGGUCAUCAACUUUCUCACAAUGCACCAGGAGUAUAAGCGAACUGGCAAUGAUACCACUGGCGAUGACCGUUAUCUGGUGCUGGCUGGUCGUCUGAUUGAGACUGUUCAUGAUGUCCUGGGUAAGACUCGAGAUGGCCGCUCAAGACUGCGAGGAGCGACAGAUGAGAACCCGUUAAGCGGUGGAUUGAGGAUUGGCAAGACAGAUGCCCGCGGUCCAGAUGGCGAUGGGCAAUAUCAUCAUUAUCUAACGGUUUGGAUGUUUGCGUUGAACCGGAUGGCUAAAGCAUCGGGAGAUUUGAAGUACAACAGGCAAGCCAUAGAGCUGGCAAAAGCGAUACACCCCAGGUUCUUUGUUGAUCGCGCGGCAGCUCGACCGAGAAUGAUAUGGAAAAUGAGCAUGGAUCUGUCAGAGCCGCUGGUCAAGUCAGAGGGUAAUCUUGACCCGAUUGAUGGCUUUGUUGUUUUCCGACUCCUGCAAGAUACAGCGAUGGAAGCAGGUGAUGACAAUCUGUUCGAGAUCAACCAAUAUUUGGAGCGCAACAUCAAAUUUCGGUUGGCCUUUCGUGAGUUUGGAACCUGUAUGGGUAUCCAAUGUCAGUCAGAGGUCAAGGAAAAAGAACGCGCAGUUGAUUUGAAAUGCUACUCCGACGCCAUCAUUGCUGCUUGGGAUCCAUACAUGCAGCUAUCCAUAUCCGAUGAUCUGACACCAGAGGACUUGAGGCCUAUCACGCGGGUGAUGUAUGCGUCGGCGUUGAUUCCAGGGGGUAAGCUAAGCCAAACGAUCCUCUCUGAUGAGUCCGGUAUUUUGACAUAUUUCCCAAUUCCAGCAUUUCAAGCUGGAUUCCUAGGGCCGGAACCAACACCAACCUAG